GGUGCCUCGAAAGGCCUAGAAGGAAGAAAAGAUGGUGUAUCUUUGUUAUAUUUGGAUACUUUUGGCAUUUGGAACUGUCUUGGGAUUCAUUGUGACAACAGACAAGAGAUUACAAACAAAGGUUAUAAACAAUUUGUUUAUUUUUGGAAAGUUUCGUUACACGAAGGAAUACAACCUAACUUCAAAUUUUCUCCAAGUUCCUAAGAGAUGGUUCUACCACUUUUAUCUUUUUGGGCUCAUUGUUCACACACCUUUUAUUGCUGUGACAGUGUACUCAGUCUGUGUGGCAGAGGAGUUUCCCAAACCAUUAUCUUUAAUUCUGGGUUACAUCAGGACUCCAGCAUCACAAGAAGAGUUACUUUCCCCUGCUCCAGUAAUUGUCGUCUUGUUGAUGGGAGAGGUGCAGAUGUUUAGGCGACUAUUGGAAUGUGUCUACAUCAACAGUUAUUCCCAUGGUACAAUGAGCAUUGUCAUCUAUCUCACUGGAGUUACCUUCUACUGUUUUCUAGGGCUCAAUAUUGUGUCAGUCAUGCAGGAGAAAUCACUCUCAUUCGGUGAGCUAUGGACAGGUCUUGACUGGUAUCAUUAUCUCUUAAUAGCCAUGUUUAUCUACAGCAGUUACAAACAGCAUGUCCUCAACAACAUUUUAGCUAACCUGAGACGUAAUCAGAAAGGUGCCGUAGUAACAGACAAGCACCUGUUACCUGAGGGGGACCUGUUUGACCAUGUUUCCUGUCCCCACUACCUGAUGGAGGUCCUGAUCUAUAGUGUAUACACCGGCAUGUUCUGGUGGAGGCACUCGGUGGUCAAUGCCAUAUGGCUCUUUGUUUUCGUGAACCAAACAUUCUCUGCUUACUUCUCUCAUCGGUGGUAUCAAGAGACAUUCCCAGACUAUCCUAAGGAGAGAGCUCCCAUAUUUCCAUUUCUUUAUUUUGACAGAUGGAUCAGCCCUCCACCUCAUCAGAAAAUCUCAUAGAAAAAUCUGAAUAUGUGUACUAGUAUUUACAGUUUUUAUAUUAGCACUAUGUGCAUUUACAGUUUUUAUAUAAGCACUGUGUGCUUUGAAUAUGUAAGAAUUUUUUUUAUGAUACCGGUACUUUGCUUUUUUGUGCAUGUUUACUCAUAAGGAUGAUGUUAAGACCUAUUUGCUUUAGCCUCAAUAUUAGUCUUCGACACAAUCAUAAAAUUACUGAUAGUAAAACCAUGAAAAUGGGUCAUGUGCCAUAAUUGUCUAGAUUUGUAUAUAUAUAGAUAUAUGUAAAAAUAAAUAAAAAGUAGAGAAUCUGCA